AACACUAUAAACAUGUUGAUGAAUUAGCUCAAGACAUCCCUCGAACUGCCUACCCUGUGUAUCUAUUAUUUUCUGAUGUAGUUAUAAACGGCAAACGAUAUAGCAUUCAGUUCAAUUCUGAUCCCCAAGUUGGUGUUUUUCUUCUUUGGAAAGUUAGGAUUUUAGAUGUACAGAAGAUAUAUUGCAUAGCCUACGUGAGAGCUGUUCAAAAGCAUCAAUAUUUGCUUGACACAUAUCAGCUUUUAGCUGAUGCUGAAUAUGCUCCAAAAGUUUUUGCUACUUCAGUGAUUCCUGGAAAUUGGCUUUUGGUUUAUAUGAAACGUUUAGACAACCAUUUAAUGCUAAAUCGCAUCACCAUUAAUCUUAAUAAUCAAGAACGAGAUGAUUUAAAAAAGAAAAUUGAAAUAGUAGUUAAAUAUUUGCAUGAUUCAGAGCACGUACAUAGGAACUUACGUGAAGGGAAUAUUUUAGUUCGCCAACUUGAAAAUAAUGAAUUUAACGUGAAAUUGAUCAAUUUUGAAUGGUCUGGGAAG